AGCCAAAGAGCACAGUCGUCAAAUUGAUUAGAGGAAAAUAGCAUUUUUUUCUGCUUCUAGAUACACUUGCAUAGCAACAAAUGCCGUCGGUUCGGAUGAUUUGGAAACGAGCUUAGAAGUGGUAGCCAUUCCGACCAUCCUCGGGAAUAAACAUGAAAAACUGGAAGUGAUUGAGAACUUCCGUCAGGAUUUGAUGUGUGAUCUGAAUCACACCGAUUCGCCUGUAGAUAUCGAAUGGCAAAAAGCCGGUCAAACAAUCACUCAACAAACUCUACGUGAUGACAGUUAUCUGCAGGCAAAAUCUUCAGAUAAGAAGUACACAUGUAUUGUUCGCAACGCAGCUGGAGAAGCACGAAAGACGUUCGAUCUCAAAGUGCUCGUACCACCAUCCAUCAAUGAACUGAGCUCGUCUGAGUCGCUGCAGAACGUUAUCCCCGGAUCUCGUUUGAGCCUUGACUGCAUCGUUGACGGUGAUCCAUUUCCAGAGAUCAGUUGGACUCGUGACGAUGUUCCUAUCGAAGAUGGAGAGUCGUACAAGAUAAUAAAUCAGAAAGAAACAGUGGUUAUCACGAAAGUUGACGGGCAGAGCGCUGGCAAGUAUACUUGUCAUGCAAGUAACAAAGCAGGAAAUGCGACUAGAGACUUCGUCGUGCGACUAACAGAAAUGCCGCGAUUUUUGGACAUGUCUAACGUGAACCCAUCUAUAAUUAUUGGAAGGCCUCUGAUACUUGACUGCUCUGUCUCAGGUACACCGAAGCCAACAAUCACUUGGAUGAAGGUGUGUAUCUUCUCAAAAGCGGAUUCGUCAGAUAGAGGUUCUAAGUAG